AUGAUGAAAUCACAGGGAAUCAGAGGUCCUCCAUACAGAUUUCCUCAUGGGAGUACCAGAGAAAUCUCUGAAAUGAGAAGCCAGUCUAUGGGAAAGCCCAUGGAAAUGUCACACACUAUAUUUCCUAGAAUACAGCCUCAUAUUUAUUUGUGGACGAAAACUUAUGGGAAGAAUUUUCUUAAUUGGCAUGGUUCACAAGCACAGUUGUUUGUGACAGAGCCAGAGCUAAUCAAAGAAAUACUGAUGAAUAGAGAAGGCUUCUACCCGAAAAUGGAAAUGGAAGGGUAUGCGAAGAAGCUGCUAGGGGAAGCACUUAUAACGAAUGAGGGUGAAAAAUGGGCAAAGAUACGGAAACUGGCAAACCAUACUUUCCAUGCAGAGAGUCUGAAGAGCAUGGUUCCAGAAAUGAGUUCAGGUGUUGAGAUGCUGCUUGAGAGGUGGAAAGAUCGUAUCGGAGAAGAGAUCGAUGUGUUUAAAGAGUUCGGACUGUUGACUACUGAAGUAAUUUCAAGGACAGCAUUCGGAAGUAGCUAUGUCGAAGGGGGACAUAUAUUUGAAAUGGUGGCAAAGUUGACACAAAUAACUGUUAGAAAUAUUUACAGAGUCAGAUUUCCUGGCAUAAGUAUGCUAUUAAAAUCAGAUGAUGAGAUCGAAGCACUGAAACUCGAAAAAAGAAUAAAAAGUUCCAUAGUCGAGCUUGUAAAGAAGAGGGAAAAAGUGAAAAAUAACGGAGAAUUUGAAGAUUUCGGAAGUGAUUAUCUUGGACAACUUUUGAAAAUCUCUCAUGAAGCUGAUACAAAAAAGAGGAUUACAAUUGAACAGAUGAUUGAUGAGAUCAAAGCAGUGUAUGGUGCUGGACAUCUUACAACUACAAGCUUACUUUCAUGGUGCGUUUUUCUACUGGCAAUCCAUACUGACUGGCAAGAGAAAGCAAGAGAGGAGGUGUUUGGAAUAUUUAGCAGUGAAAACCCGAAUUCAGAUGGCAUUGCACGAUUGAAAAUAAUGAACAUGAUUAUCAACGAGUGUCUCCGACUAUAUCCUCCGCGUUACAAACUGUCGUUGUCUCCUAAUUAUGUCCACUGCCCUGCUGAUAUUUUCAUUCUUACACCAAAACAUGGGGUUCAAGUCAUUCUCCAAGCAAUUUAA